AUUUCCUAUCAAAUACACACCUGAACAAGUUACAUACAUGUUUAGAAUCUGCAGGUAAAAAUCAAGUGAGUUAGUUUUACAUAUAUCGUACUUCUCAGGGAGGAUUUAGUUGAAAUAUCACAGAUUUGGGCAUAAUUCGUCAGUUGAAUAUGGAUGGUGAUACAGGUGGAGUUUGUCCCAUAUGUCAUAUGCCUUUUGACAAAGGAAAGAAAAGGAAAUUGAUUGAUGCUUGUGGACAUGAACGUUGUUACAUGUGCAUGUUUAACCAUGACACAUGCCCUCUUUGUGAUAAAAAUAAUGUUAAUAGAACUCAAGCAAAUAAUUUACUUCAAAGCAGUGAUUCCUUGUCACAGCGACCUAAAUUGAAAACCAAUGGCCAUUUUACACCUAAGAUGCAGACUUCACAACCAUACAGAUACAGCAGCCAUCAGGGACCAGUAGAUUCAAUGACCCAGACAACACCCAAACUACAUGUAUGCCAGACAAGCAAUAAACAACAGCAGCAAACAACUAAUCUUCCAGCCACACCAACUAAACCAAGAUUUUUUCAGCCAAUAUGUCCAAGUCCAACACCACCAAUUCCACCACCUCCAAAAAAUUACACAGCAGAUUAUAAUCAUGCCAAAUAUUACAGUAGUGACUCUGCAAUUGGCUCUCCUGACCUCAGUGGCAAUAGCAUCACCAUGACAACGAAUGAUGACCUUGAUGAACUUUCCAAGUUAGAUCACUUGGGACUUAACUUGCAUGCACCCCAUGCUGGGAAAUACAGUCCUCCUCCUCCACCACCAGAUGUUGCUCAAAAUGAUCUGAUGAUGAGACUAGGGUUGUUGCUAGGAGAAAGAGUACCUAUUAGUGAACAGGACCAGUUGACACCAAUCUGUCAAUCAGGGAAUCAGACUGAGGAGACAUUUACCAGUGUGUCUUCAUUAGGCAGUAUUGAUGCUACACCAGAUAGGGGGAUUUCAGAUACAAGUCCAUUAUCUACAUUGACAGCUUCAUCUGGUAGUGAAAGAGCCUCAUCAGGAAUACAUAUGGGAUGUGGAUCUCUUUUCCCCUCAAAUCGUGACCCCAGUGCUGACAGUGUUAAUUCAUUGAUGUCCAACAGUUCUGGUCAUGGUAUGAGUCCACAGUCAACUACACAGAGACCCCACUCAAUUACUACCUCACAGCCAGGUCAGAUUGAAGAUCUGGGAUUGUUUGGUAAAAGACAGUCACCAAUGAGAAGAUCAGCCCGUGCUGCUCUUAGUCAUCAUCAAGACAGUCGUGGUGGCCGUAUGUUGAGAAUCAAACCACCACAGCUUCACUUGUAUCCAAUCAACUUUGAAAUACCACAUCCAGAAGGCAAACCUAUUUUCGUUGGUAGAGAAUGGCUGUUCAAAGAAAUGGAAAUGGCAUUGAAUAGUGAACCAACUUCAGACCAGCCAAGAGGUGUUGUAAUCUCAGGAGGUAUUGGUGCUGGUAAAACUGCCAUCAUGGAGCAAUUAAUAGACUGUAGUUGUUUUGGCGAUGGAAGAAGUGGCCUUGUAGAAGGAUCCAGUCAUAGGCUUCACCAAGACCGAUUUCACUCUAAUGGAAUAAACUACAGCCCAACUUCCACACUAAACAGUUCUCCACAUUCUCAUCUAAGUGCUUCUUGUGGCAACAUGUCAUAUGACGCAUUGCGUAGCUUAGGAUCACAAGUUGUAGCAUACCAUUUUUGUCAGGCAGACAAUAAUGUGACAUGUUUAGUACCAGAAUUUGUACAUAGUCUAGCUGCUAGGCUUUGUCUAGUACCACAGCUGGCCUCAUACAGAGAACUGCUGCUUCAGGAUACACAGUUGCAAGAUGUGUUGAGCCUUAAAGAAUGCAUAAAAAAUCCUUCCCUAUCUUUCAUAAAGGGAAUUGUUGAACCAUUACAAAAUUUAAAAGAAACUGGAAAACUUCAUUCAGAUAGUUGUAUAAUUUUAGUGGACUCUUUAAAUGAAGCAGAAUUUCAUAAACCAGAUUAUGGUGAUACAAUUGCUUCGUUUUUAUCACAUCACCUUGAUGAUUUUCCUAUGUGGCUUAAACUAGUGGUUACUGUGCAGACAGUCCUUUUAGAUAUAACCAAGUCUCUGCCAUUUCAACAGAUCUGUAUUGACAGGGAUCCAGAAAACCAGUUUAUUGCUGCUGAUCUUCAGGAUUAUGUCAAUCAUCGCCUGGAAACCAGUCCAAGUGUGAAAAACAAUAUUGCCUUAAAUGGUCGAUUGGAAACAGCCACACAAGUCAAAUUUUGUAGCCAUUUACAAACAUUAAGUAAAGGUUCAUUCUUAUUCUGCAAAUGGACAUUGGAUCUUAUUGAACAAGGUCACUUGGUGCUAAAAAGUUCUAAUUAUAAGAUAUUGCCAAUGAAUAUAUCAGAAGUGUUUUUAUUGCAUUUCAACAUUAAAUUUCCAAGUGUAAGGUCUUUCGAGAAAGUUUCACCAAUUUUAGGUGUAUGUCUUGCAACUUUAUAUCCUCUUAAAAAAGAGGAAAUAUUUGAGACAAUUAAUUCAGGAUAUACACAGAGGUACAUUUCUUGGGAGGAUUUUAGUCAUAGACUUGAAGUUCUAUCUAAAUUCAUUCAUAGAAGGAAGGAUGAAACAUACAUGUUUUUCCAUCCAGCAUUCAGGGAGUGGUUAAUACGACGUGAUGAUUCUGAUAAUCCUAAAUUUCUCUGUGAUCUUAGAAAUGGCCAUGCUUUAAUGGCAUUUAAAUAUUCUCGAGUGGAUGCUCCUCUUCUCUCGGACAAGACAAUAGAACUUGGACAUCACAUCUUAAAGGCACAUAUUUACAAAAACAUUAGCAAACAGCGAGGAUAUUCAUCACGUGAUAUGCAGGCAUACUGGAUGGCACUUAGUUCAGAUAACUUGAAUGCUGCCCUAGCUUGUCACAGGAAUCUCUUUUCUCCAAAUGUUAAGGUCAGUCGAUUGAUUUUAUUGUCUGGAGCAAACCCAAACACUAGAUGUAACCAGUUAAACCAUGCACCAGUCUUAGGAGUAGCUGCCAAGGAAGGAUUUGCUGAUGCAGCAUCAUUACUGUUAGAAUUUAAUGCUAGCGUAGAUGCAGUCAAUGAUCAGGGAAUGUCUGCACUGUGUUUUGCAGCAGCAGAAGGUCAUAUUGAUGUCAUGAAGAUGUUGUGUAGGAAAAAUGCUAGACUGUCUCAUGUUGACAAUUGUGGACAGUGUCCUGCAGUCCAUGCAGCACUGAGUGGUCAUCUUGAUGCUUUAGCCUAUCUCCUUCAAUGUGAUUGGUCAUCCUACGAUGGACAGCUGAUCAAAGUAGAGGCCAUGCAACAGGCUUUAGUGGCUGGAGCAGCCAUGGGACAUGUAGAUAUUUGUGAAUACCUGUUACAGACAAACAGUCAUUCAGUAGAAGGUUUCGGGAUAAAUAGCUUAGACACUUUAUUUGGUGAUACACCCCUUACAGCCUCUUGUGCACAUGGCCACCAUGACAUGGCCAGCUGGUUAAUAGACCAAGGUGCCAAUCCAAGUCAAUCUAAUGGUAAAAGCUUUUCACCAUUGUUGUGUGCUGUGGAUUCUGGAAAGUGGGAUGUGGCUAACCUCCUUUUAAAUGUUGGUGUUGAUAUAGAACAGGUUGACAAGUAUGGAAGAACGCCACUGAUGAUAGCUGCUUAUAAGGGACACAUUGGUGUGGUAGAGAUGUUGCUGGCUAGAGGAGCAUCAGUAGAAUCAGUAGACAAAGAGGGACUAACAUCACUGGCGUGGGGGUGUCUGAAGGGGCACCUACACAUUAUCCAGACUUUACAGGAGAGAGGAUCAAAUUUACACCAUACUGAUAGGUGUGGUCGUUCACCUUUACAGCUGGCAGCCUUCCAUGGGGAUUCACAUGUUGUCCAAUAUUUGAUAGACCAAGGAGCUAAUAUAGAGCAUGAAGACCUUAAUGGAAUGAGAGCCUUGGAUAGAGCAAUUGAUAGACGAAAUACAUCUGUUGUUGUUAGCUUUCUAAGAAAAGGGGCCAAAUUAGGCCAUACAACAUGGGCAGUGGCUGCUGGAAAACCUGAUAUCAUGUUGUUAUUGCUCAACAAGCUAAUGGAAGAUGGAAAUAUUCUCUAUAAGAAAAACCGUAUAAAGGAAGCAGCCCAGAGAUACCAGUAUGCCUUAAAGAAGUUCCCGCAAGGUGGUGAAUGUGAUGAUACCAAAACAUUUAAAGAACUUCGUCUCAAUCUACUGCUGAACUUAUCCAGGUGUAAACGUAAAGUAAAUGACUAUGAAUGUGCCAUAGAACUUGCCACAAAAGCCUUAGACAUUAAAGCCAAUAGUUUUGAGGCCUUUUAUGCUCGAGCACGAGCUAAGAGGGAUAAUAGGCAAGGUGCUUCAGCCUUGGAGGACUUAAAAGAAGCAUUAAAGCUUGCACCAAACAACCGUGAACUUCAAAGACUACUGAUGAGAGUUCGUGAUGAAUGUCGAGAUCAAGCUCGAUAUGAAAACAUCCAAGGAAGCCAUCAAAGUUUAAAUGAUCAAGAAAGAAGGAGAGAAGAAACUGCAUUAUAGGAAAAAUAGUGUUUAGUAAUAAAUGUUCCUUAUGAUUUUCGAGUUCAUAAAGUUUUAUUUAUUUUUUCAGCAAUGUAAGCUUUUCUGAUUUAGUUAUUGUGUAACAGCAUUACCAGCACUGAUUCAUAUCACUUCGGAAUAUAUAUCUAAAUAUCAAAACAGCAUCAUUAAAACUUGAAGGGGAUUAAAAAUUAAAUAGAAAUAAAAAAAAGUUUUAAAACUGUUAAAAUUAAUGUAAGAUUCAAUGUCAUUUAUACGUUCUGAUCAUUCGAUCAGUGCAAAUGAUAAGUUUCCAGAAAAUAUGAAAUGCAUACCUGUCAACUGACCUGUAUUUUGUGGGUGUGACCUGUGAAUUUAUCACCUCACCCAAGAUUUGUUUAUGGUUCGUCUGGGUCAUCAAACUUCUAGGGAUUUCAGUAUCUUACCCGUUUUCUAGUCCCAUGAAACUUUUUAGUUCAUAUUUUAAAACAUUUCCUCUGAAAUACUUUAAAAUUUGACAUUCAAUUUGAACUUGAUUUACUGUUCAAGAUUGUUUAACAACUGCCAAACAAUAGUUUGUCACUCCAACUGAUGUAAGUCACUAAUCUGGUGAUUAUCAUGUCAAUUAUAGCAUCCAGAGGUGUCAAACUCCAAAGGAAAUUGCCAAGAAAGUCUAAAAAUUGCUGUAGGCAAAAAAGCAAUAAAUAAUCUAUGACAAAUAGAAGUAAAUACAUUUUUAAACAAUAUUAAUCUCAAAAUGCUAAAAUGUUACAUCAUAGUAAUCCCAAACCUGCUUUAAACCAUUAAAUAUCUUUUAUAAAUGACUUAAAAAUAUUAAAAUGUGCCUAAAUCCCCUUAAAUGUCCUGUAGAUAUAUAAACUGUCAUGGACCUUCUAAAAAACUUUGAAUUUUUUAUUAAUUCCUGCAAACAGUAAGGGGAACAACCCUUAACUAUAACAAUCUAAAAAGAAACUCUCGACUGUAACAAAACUCAACAUUAUGAAACUUUUGAACUAUAAAUCUGAAGUUGUCAUAAUACAAGGAGUUUGAAUUAGUUAUUUGAUGAAUUACUAGAACAUUCAUAAUAGUAUGUUACAUCAAUGUGUCAAAAGUAAAAUUCAGCUAAAAAAGUUUGUACAUGGAAUGAUCUGAUAUAUUAUUACACAAUGCAGGUCAUGACCUACAUUUUCACUUUCAGUGGUUGACAGGUAUGGUAAUGUUGUUUUGGUAUUAAAAUAUUACUAUCUGAAAAAAAAAUCACAUAAGUAGGAAGAAUAAAGAUAUUCAUGAAAAAUUGACAUUUGAAUAGCACAUAUAAUUUUAUAAUUUGUUUAGUAUGAAAACUGACAUAUUCUCAGAAUCAAAAUAUGAAACAAAUUAUGUUUUGUAGUUUCAUUCUUUUCUCAAAGUUUUUAGUUUGUUUUUAAUAGAGUAAGUAAUCCAAGAAUUCAAGUAUAGAAAAAUAUUCGAUGAGUGACAGAACAACACAAUAAUUGAUGAAUGUGCGUUGUGCAUAAGUUAAUUAAUUAUCAGUGUUGUUCGUUCACAAGUUGAACAUUUUUGAUAUUUUAAUUCUUGGAUAAGUUAUUCUUUUUAUUACAUUGACCAUGGUAAGAUGAUGGACUAUUAAAUUAAAACAAAAUAGAAAAUGGAAGGAACUAUUUCUUCUUCUAUGCAUUCUAAAUUGUUUUGAUGCUACGUCAUCGACAACGUCGUGACAGCAUUUAUUGUUGUAUGACUUCAGAGGAGUGAAAUUAUCGAUUUUUAUUUCACUAAGAAAUCACGGUAAUUCAUUGCAAUCAAUGUAAUAAUAACAUUAUUAAUUAGAAGAGAAAUCUGAGGAUGAGGAGAUUCUUAUUUUUUUUGUUGAAAAGUUAUCGCCUGUAAAUAUUUCAAACGCUCUACAAAUAAUAAGUAGACAUUUUAGUUCUUGAUUUCAAUGGUGCAGCUUUAUUCAGCUUAUUUAUUUGUUUUAUGUCAUAGUGUAUUGUUUUAUUUAAUCUUAAAUAAAAAAAAUUCAAGAUAUGUUCAUUAAUGAUUCUUAACAGUUGACAAAAUGAGCAUGUCAAAUCUGAGUUUUUCAUUUGGAAAGUCUCUAAUACAGAAAUGUCAACUUUUCAUGUUCAUUGUAUCACUUUUUAAAAUUUUUUUUGUUUAUUAAUUUAUACUCCCUUUGAUAUUUAAAUAUGAGCAACUGCCUUACCCAAAAAAAUAUUUUGUCAAAAGAUGUUGUUUACAUAGAUGUUGAUGUGCAUGACAUAUUUUUUGGGGAAGUCUUUUGCUGUUAUUUUUAACUCAAAAGGCAAUCUUCUAUCAAAUACCUCAAAAAUGACAUGGUUAAUAUAACAGUGACAUCACAAAUGACAUUUCUGCGCAAAAACUAGAUUAUAAUGCUUUCACCAACUUUCAUGAAACUUGUAAGGAAUAUUAAAUCUGUCAUAGAAAUCUCAAUUUUGAAAUUUUUACAGUUUGUUAUUCCAGAGUUUUUCAGUUGAGUAUGUAUGUUUGAAUCAAUUUACUUCAAACUUUAUAUUGUUGUUGGGAUUGAUGAUCUUCAGCUCAGCUGAUUAUUACUGAUUGUUUGAUGUCUUUUUUAAGUCAGCAUUUUAUUAAUUUAUUUUUAAUUGUGUUAUGUUAGUUUAUUUAUAUAAUUUAAAGGUUUAAAACUUGAUUUAAAAAAAUAUUUUUCUCUCCUCUUCCUUUAUUCAGAUCUUUUCGAGAUCUUAUACAUAUGAAAUAUUUGUAUAAUGCACUGGAUAGAUAAAAUUAGAUGAAAUCUAGUUUUGCUUUCAGUAUUUUUUGUCUUUUAAAUUUUAAUUUUCUUUACAUUUUACAUCCAUCUGACUUUAUUAUUCAUGCCUUACAUUGAUAUUCAGUUAUGUAAUUGCAAGUUUUACAUGUUAGAAAGUUGUAUGAAAUUAUUAAAACAAGGUGUAAUUUUUAUUGUUAAAUCAAGUUAUAAAUAUUGAGAACAAAUUUUUAGUGGAAAAAUAUUUUUCUGUAAGAUGAGUAUUUUUUGGUCGGAAGUAAAGUUGCUUUGAAACUUG